GCGUCGGUCGCGUCGUUUUCAAUUUAUUGUUUAUCACUCUACAAAACUAUAAUCGUCAAUAUGACCCUGCUUAGUUUUUGCUACUCUAGAGAACUCGAACCAUCAAGAAUUUACUGAUAUAUUUACAUACUCUGUGUAGCCGGUACUUAAAAUUGGUCGCGUUUACCUUGAUAAAUAAUGGUACCUAAUAAUAAUCAUUUUUUAACUGAUCGGAAAUAGUCGCUUCUUCAACCUGGCCAUUUAAAAACUUGUGUGAGGGUGUUGAUUAAUUUAUCUUAGAGUUUUGGCAAGUGUCAAGAAGUUGUUCAAUUAUGAAGGUGCAGCCCGAUUCAAGGAUGUACUACAAGAAAUCGCUAAGAAGAUGUUUGUGCUUAUGUGGAACAUCAAUUUUUUUAGUAGUGUUUGGAAUAGUAAUUAUUUCUAUUCGGACUAUUGUUUUUAAUUACAUUUUAAGUAUGUUGGCCACUAUGCAGCCAAAUUCUAUAACAUAUAAUUUAUGGAAAGAAAAUCCGGUGCCAUUGACUUUGAAGCUAUAUCUAUUUAAUUGGACAAAUGCUCACGAUUUAAACAAUCAUACCAUCAAACCAAGAUUUAAGGAAUUAGGGCCCUAUAUAUUUGACGAAACAAAAGUAAAAACCAAUAUAACUUGGAAUGCAAAUGAUACCGUUUCGUUUUAUCAUCUAAAGACAUGGUGGUUCAAUUCGAAACAAAGUAAAGGAAGUUUAGACGAUCAAGUAACUACCGUUAACCCUAUUGCAUUGUCUACGGCAUCUUCAUCGAUGAAAUGGAGUUACUGGUUUAAAAAAGCAUUAAGCUUUACAUUAACUUCAGUUUCAGCUAAAAUCUAUGGUACACAUUCAGCAGGAGAAUUGCUUUUUGAAGGACAUGAAGAUCCUUUACUAAAUAUGGCAAACAAUUUACCUGCUGUCAUGGCUCCAUCUAUGCCCAACCUAGAUAAGUUUGGUUGGUUUUACGGGAGGAACCAUUCAAUGACUUACGAAGGGUUAUUUAAUAUGGGACUAGGAAAGACCACAAAACUAGGAGAACUGUAUUCAUGGAAGACAAUGAAUCAAACACCGUAUUAUUCGGAUCAUUGUGGAAACAUUAAAGGAUCAGAUGGCGACUUUUUUCCAAGUGGUUUAAAUAAAGAGAGUAUAAUUACUUUUUUCUCGCCAGAUAUGUGCCGAUACAUAGACUUGGAAUUUGAGAAAGAAGUUAAUAUAAAGGGUAUAAUGGGACUUAAAUAUUCCGCAGGAAGGAAAUUUUUAGAUAACGGUACGACAGUUCCAGAGAACGAUUGUUUUUGCCAAAAAGACUGUAUGCCGUCGGGAGCAUUAGACAUAUCCGCUUGCCGGUACGGAUCACCAGCCUAUGUAUCUCUUCCACAUUUUCACAAAGCAGAUAGGUUCUACACUGAUUCUAUCGAAGGACUGAAAUCUGAAGAUGAUCUACAUGAUUUUUUUAUGGUUUUUGAGCCGACAACCGGUAUUCCAUUAGAAGUUGCUGCCAGACUGCAACUAAACUUGAUGUUAAAACCAGUCACAGGUGUAUCAUUAUAUGAAAAAGUUCCAGAAGUUUACAUUCCAGUUUUAUGGUUCGAACAAGUCAUCACCUUACCAGAUAAUUUCAUAUUUUCCAUUAAGGCAUUUUUAAGUUUAGAUAUACUUUUUCUGAUCAUCGGAGCAGUUUCAAUUCUUGUCGGUAUUGCAUUACAAUUGUAUGGAUGUUACAAACUAUGGAAAAGAAAACUUUUUAAAAUAGAAUCUAUUAUUACACGAGAAGAAGUGCCUUUAACCUUAAAGAAAAUUUGAAAAGUGGACGAGCAUUGCCAAAAAAAACAAUACUAUUUUAUCGAAAAUCUAAUUAUAUAGGUACAAUGUUUUUUUGAUUAAUUACAAUAUUUGUGAUUUAUAAUUUAUUUAUUUUUAAAUUUUGUCAAUUGUUUUUUAAAGUUUAAAUGGUUAUAAGAGAGCAAUAAAGCAAUAAAAUAUUUGAU